CGUACAUGAGUCCGUCUAGUGUAGCGCGGCGUCGGUUGUGCGUCCCCCGAUUUAUAAUGGAUCGCAUCGGCGCAUUCGCUAUAGUGGUUGCUGCUGCCGGUGCGUCCACCGUCGUUAAUGCCGGCGCGCGAGAGAUACAUGUACGCGACUAGUAGAUUCUCUACGCCAACUCGAUCGAUCGCUCUCUGCGUCCACCACCGAAACUAUUUCUGCAUGUUCAUCAGCUGCUAGCUGUUCUUGCACAUAGUGGUGGUGGUGUAGUGGUGUGUGAGACUGUGAGUGAUUGUGCGCUCGUGAGCGAGCUCAGCUGGGCUGGCUAGCUCAUGAGCAUCCCGUUCUCCUCGGCUGCAAGAUGGAUCAGAUGAGGCGGCAGCGGCGGCGGGAGUGCAUUGGUGUUCUUUGCUCGGCGCUGUUUUUCUCUGUCCUGGCAGUGGCCGUCGCCGCAGGCUCCGGCUCGUCGUCGCAGCCGCCGUCUUCGUCUCCGGCGCCAGCUGCUAGCUCAGCAACGCCGGCUGCGAGGGCGCCUUCUCAACGGACGCCGCCGACGCCAGCAACGCCGGCAAAGGCGGCAUCCCCACCGGCGACGAACUCGUCGUCCUCUCCACGGACACCCGCGGCGCCAGCCCCGAGGCCUCCACAGCCGCCACCGGCGACGUCGCCGGCGCCAACAAAGCCGUCGUCUCCACCCGCGCCGAAGCCACCUUCCCCUCCUGCGCCGUCGCCGUCCACAACGCCGUCGUCUCCACCCGCGCCGAAGCCAUCUUCUCCUCCUCCUGCGGCGACGCCGACCACAAAGCCGUCUCCUCCACCGUCCUCGCCACCGGCUCCGAGACCGUCUCCUCCUCUUCCUCCUCGGACGCCACCGCCACCGCCGCCGGCAGCGGCACCGAAACCAUCUCCUUCUCCUCCUCCGGCUCCAACGAAUUCCACGACGAACUCCUCCUCGCCGUCGACGUCCACGCCGGUCCAGCUCUCGCCAAAUUUCUACGCGCAGUCCUGCCCGAGCGUGGAGCUGGCGGUGAGGGAUGUCGUCAGGUCGGCCUCCACAUUGGAUUCCACCAUCCCCGGCAAGCUUCUCAGGAUGCUCUUCCAUGACUGCUUUGUUGAGGGAUGUGAUGCAUCAGUGAUGAUUGAAGGUAGCGGCACGGAGAGGACCGAUCCUGCAAACCUCUCACUUGGUGGGUUCAAUGUCAUAGAUGCUGCCAAGAGGCUGCUUGAAGCCGUGUGCCCUGUAACUGUUUCCUGCAGCGACAUUUUAGUCCUUGCCGCAAGAGAUGCUGUUACAUUUACCGGAGGACCGUUGGUGCCAGUCUCUCUCGGGAGGCUCGACGGCCUGGUCUCGCUGGCCUCCAACGUCAGGGCGAACAUCAUCGACACCGGCUUCUCCGUCGACGCCAUGGCGAGGAGCUUCUCCGCCAAAGGGCUCACCCUGGACGACCUCGUCACCCUCUCAGGGGGGCACACCAUCGGGUCGGCGCACUGCACGACGUUCGGGGAGCGGUUCCGGGUGGACGCGAACGGGAGCACGGUGCCCGCGGACGCGGCGAUGAACGCGGACUACGCCGGGGGGCUGAUCAGGGCGUGCUCGGCGGUGAACAACACGGUGUCGUCGACGGCGGCGGUGGACUGCGACGAGGGGUCGGCGUCGCGGUUCGACAACGCCUACUUCGCCAACCUGCUCGCCGGGCGCGGGCUGCUGCGCACGGACGCCGUGCUGGUGCAGAACGCCACGACGCGGGCCACGGUGGAGGCGUUCGCGCGGAGCGAGGGGAGCUUCUUCGCCAGCUGGGCGGCCUCGUUCGCCAGGCUCACCAGCCUCGGCGUCAGGACCGGCGCCGACGGCGAGGUCCGCCGGACGUGCUCCCGCGUCAACGGCUGAUGAUGCGUGCACGCACGAUCGAUACAUACAUGCAUAGAAGGGAUCGACACAAUGUAUGUUGAGAAUGAUCGAUAUUCGAUUUGUUCGUUGUUGUUGAUGAUGAUCUGUUUGUAGUAGCAGCUUGGUUUUUUUUUUCUCCAUGCUCUGGUCUGGAUGGUCAUGAUUUAGCGAAAGGAGAGUGAAAAUUAAGUGAUCUAAAUUCUAAAUGAUUUAGCGAAAGGAGUAUAAUGCAGAUGGCGCGAGAUGCGUUUUAUCUGUAACUAAGGCCUUA